AUGACCAGCGUCUCAGGUGAGACGAUCGAGGAUAUACUGUCCUUCACGGAUGGAAACUGUGUAGAAGGAAAAUCGCAGUUCACGAAAGGUGAAAGCACAAGUGUCAGUAUUUCAACGUUGUCUGAAUUGGAUACGGAGGUGUCGACCGAAGUUCCGACUGAGACCCCAACGAGUACUCCGACUCCAACGGAGGCUCCAACAAGUACCCCGUUGACGGAAGCACAGACAACGAGUACUCCAACGAGCAUCCCGACUGAAUCUCCGACAAGUGACCCGACGACCGAAUCGCCAGUGACGAAUACUCCAACGCAUAUCCCAACUCAAACUCAGACAGAAGAACCGACAAUGCUCCGACUGAAGCUCCUUCAGCGACUCCGACUAGUGCACCGACCACGAAACCACCAGCGACGAGCGUUCCGGCUGAAGAUCUGA